AUGCACUUUUUCGGGGUUUAUCUGCUCUAUUGCACCAACCCCAAGUACAAGGGGCGCGUCUACAUCGGCUACACGGUGGACCCCAACCGCCGCAUCAAGCAGCACAACCGCGGGAAGCAACACGGUGGCGCCUGGAAGACCAGUCAAAAGGGGCCCUGGUCGAUGGUUUUGAUAAUUCACGGCUUUCCGAACAAUAUCUCGGCUCUAAGAUUUGAGUGGGCGUGGCAACACCCGCACGUUUCGCGCCGUUUGGCGCACGUUUCGAAAAAAAAUACCAAAGAAAAAGUUUACGAUUUUACGAUUAGGGUUUUAAGCGAAAUGUUGCAAGUGGGGCCUUGGAAAAGGCUCCCGCUGACGAUUCGCUGGCUCAAUGAUGAAUUCAGACGCGAUCUAGAGAAAAAGCCACCGGACCAUAUGCCAAUUUGUUACGGCCCAGUUAUUAGUAAAAAAAUCCCAAGUGUUGUCACACUAUCGCACGAAACGAAUUUUUGUUAUUUGUGUAAUGAUGAGGUUUUUAAUGGAAUGAAGUGUUUGAAUUUUGAGUGCGAUUUAAACGCUCAUGUUAUUUGUUUGUCCAAGUGUUUUCUCAAAGGGGGCGACUACGUGCCGGUGGAGGGGCGGUGCCCCAAGUGUUGCCAACCCUGUCUUUGGGGGGAUUUAGUCCGCAGGUUUAAGGGCUACCACAACCAGGACGUGGAAAUCACCAACUUAGGGGAUUGUGAAUAAAUUGCUCAAUUCUAAUUUAAAUUAUACCGACUUUUACCACGAUUACAAAGUUGGCAACACUGGCAAACGUGCCGUUAAUGGCCAUUUCAUUACAACUUAUUAUUAUUAUUAUUAUUACAAAUAUAUAUUUUGGUGAU